UGGCAGAACAAAGCAGAUCUUGUGGUUUUCGCCCUUAAAGCCCCUUCUUCCCGCACCCACUUCUGGGCAGCACGUCUCUGAUUGGGUUAGAGACUGGCCCUGCUAGCAGCCUUAAAUUUUUGCUUAAUUAUAAUCUGAAUUAAGUCUAAGGGGUCUUUUCCAUUAGUCUCCAUAACAACUGGCAGUGGCUCAGUCACUACCAACAGCACCCUCCAGCAUCCUGAGGUUGGUGCUGGUUACGAAAAUGUUUGCAGCAAGAAUUUUUAACAACCUCAUGCGAGGACGCACUCCUGACAAAGUCUGCAAGACUGGGUAAGGUUAGCUGCAGCCUGUGGCAUAUGUGGUCCUGGUUGGGGCCAAUUCCAAUGAUGCGGCUAUGACAUCCUUUGAGGCCCAACACCCGGACUCUCAUACUUCUGCCUUGCGUGGAAAUGAGGACCUUUGCCCGGCUUUUCGGCUAAUUUGAAAAGUGAUUGUCCAGACCGGACUGUGUUAGGCCGUUGGGCGGACACCCUCUGCAGGGAAGCUUCUAGGCUUAAAGACUUUGAGCAUCUAGAGGCCACCGAGGCGUGGUCCUCCGGGGUCCAGAGCGUCCCGGAAUCGGGGGCGGGCCUCCCAGAGGCGGAGCAUUUCCGGCCGGCGCGCGCGGGCGGCCUCCUCCCUUUCGCAAGGUCCCAAGGUGCCUCCUUGAGCAGGACUCAGGAAGAUGGCUGCACUAGAGGGUGUAGAGGAGGCCCCUCCUGUCUUAUCACUCAACAGUCUCUCAUCACCAGGGACACCUGGAGACCAGCACCAUGUGGCACUCCAUGGACACCCUCACCACGGCUCUCCCUGUUCCAGCCCUGAGGUGCCUUCCCAGACAGCAGACCCAGACCUCCGAGUCGUAGAGGAAGUGGAGAGCACCAGAGAUACCUGGCUUGACUCUGAGUGCAAGCCUGAGAAGACUCAAGCCUCUCUCAACUCCCAAAGUCUUGGAGAUGGGCUGGCCUCACGUGGAAGGGCACUGAGGGGCAUGUCUAAGUGUGCGGACAGCAUUGACCAGGAAUGUAGCUUGGAGCAGCCAGCAGGCCUGCCUCCAGGAACCAAGCCCUGCUCUCAGAAAAGAGACACUUGGCACAUGGUACUCUUGCCCCAGGGAGCCCCAGGGACAGAGGGUAGCGCCAAGAAGACUGCUGAGGUGGGCAGUAGUUUGAGUCGAGACUGCCGGCAGCCGGGCCCACAGGGCACCAAGGCACACCGCUGUGAGGUCUGUGGUAAGAGCUUCAAGUACAAAUCUUUGCUGCUGAAGCACCAGCGCAUCCACACAGGGGAGAAGCCUUACGCCUGUCAUGAGUGCGGCAAACACUUCGGGAGCUGGUGGGGCUUCAUGCAGCACCACCGCAUCCACACAGGCGAGAAGCCCUAUGAGUGCGGCCAUUGCGGCCAGGCCUUCAGCCACAGCUCACACUUCACACAGCACUUGCGCAUCCACAACGGCGAGAAGCCCUACAAGUGUGGCGAAUGUGGCCAUGCCUUCAGCCAGAGCUCCAACCUGGUGCGCCACCAGCGGCUGCACACCGGGGAAAAGCCGUAUGUCUGCAGCCAGUGUGGCAAGGCCUUCAUCUGGAGCUCUGUGCUCAUCGAACACCAGCGCAUUCACACAGGCGAGAAGCCCUACAAGUGUGAAGACUGCGGCAAGGCCUUCCGAGGACGGUCGCAUUUCUUCCGGCACUUACGGACCCACACGGGCGAGAAGCCCUUCUCCUGUGGCUCCUGUGGCAAAGCGUUUGGCCAGAGCUCUCAGCUCAUCCAGCACCAGAGAGUGCACUACCACGAGUAGCCACACCCCAGUGAAGUCUGGGUAAACCUGCUCUACUGAGUGGGAUAGGGAUGCUUACAGGUACACAGCAGGACAUGCCCUGUGUCCAGGUGUGAUGGCUAAGGAAACUCCAUUUCAUGGUAGGUAUUCAACUUGGAACCUACUCCUGACACUAGCCAUUUCUGACUCCAGUUCCUGGAAGAUCCCAGUGAACCUGACUCAGUAACUCCUACCCAAAAAUGUACAGCCAUGACCAUCUACCUGUUAUGACAUGACUGCCUGCUUUUUUGGCUUCUGUAACCUGCUUUUGCAGACAUUCAAGGACUAUUUUGAGGUCUUAGUAAGCAGAGCAGCACAGCUCCUGGCUUGCUGGUGCAGACACUCAAUGUGGGUUUUGCCAUUACAAAACCUACCCUCACCCCUUUGCACAGCAGUCUCUAGUUUGGCUCAGAGACUGUUGUCCUGCUAUUGGUCUCAAUAAAUUUAUAACUAAUUAUAA